AUGUCGACCGACACGGCCCACCGCAAAGACUCGGACGCCCGUCCUCCCCUCCAGCCCCCUCAACCGCACCACCAGAACCCGCUCAUGUCCACUCUCUCCUACUUCACCGACCCUGUCUCAUACACCGUCAAGGGCCUCGUGCGCAGGCUGUCCGAAGACGAAGCUCCCACCCCGCUGGCACGAGCACUGAGUGCGAACUACAACGGCUCCAUGACGGACCCUACGCUGGGUCUCUACCACCCGCCACAGGCUCCCAAGCGGAGGAAAUCGCCUUUCCAGCCUCCGCCGCUGACUCCGCUGACGUUGACGGGCUACAAGCAAGGCACGGCGGGGAGAGCAAAGUUGUUGAGAAAAGCAGUGGCGGAAGAGAUCAGGUUACUGCUCCCUCCGCGGCUGCAGCUGAUGGAUAAUUGGAAACUCGUGUAUUCGGUUGAGCAGAACGGCAGUACCUUGUCAACGCUAUAUGGUCUCUGUGACCAGUACAGAGGGAAGCGAGGCGGCUUCGUGGUAGUCGUUCGCGACUCAACAGGUGGUACAUUCGGCGCAUACCUGUCUGAAGCCCCCAAACCGCAACCACACUACUUUGGCAAUGGGGAGUGCUUCCUCUGGCGUGCCCUUGUCCUGCCCGCGAUCCCAGACCUCCUCGACCUCCCCCCACCGCCCAGCGCAGACACCACCCACGCGCAGCGAAUGACCACAAUUGGCAUCGCGAGAAACGGCUCUUCAGCAUCCCUUGCGUCCUUGAACGUCCCCAACGCCAACGGCACCAACGGCCACGCAGCUGGCACAGAAACUCCAGAAAGAAUACGCUUCAAAGCGUUCCCAUACACCGGCGAGAACGACUUCCAAGUCUACUGUCAACAAGACUACCUAUCAGUUGGCGGCGGAGACGGCCACUACGGGCUAUGGCUGGACCAGAGCCUGAGCAAUGGUGUUAGCGAUACUUGCCCCACAUUCGGCAACGAGCAGCUCAGCGACGAAGGCUCCAAGUUCGAGGUCAUGGGGGUGGAGGUGUGGUAUGCGGGGUCGUGA